AUGAAGCUCUCUUCCAAACUCCCCCUUCUAUGCCUUGCCCCCGUUAUGAUCCAGAGUGCCCGGAUUCACAGCAUCGAUGGAGUUUUAUACCAGGGCUCAAGGCCAAUUCCAGGAGCUCGCGAGAUGUUGAGGAAAAUUAGAGCGCACGAUGCCCGAUACGUUUUCCUAACCAAUGGCGGCGGCAGCCAUGAAGAUGCCAAGUACAGAUCUUUGUCUAAGCGGCUUGGGAUGUCGGAAGACGAGGACGUCAUCCGCAACAGGAUCAUCCUGUCGCACACGCCAAUGCGAGGGUGGGAUGAGCAGGCGAAGAAGCAAGGGACGGUGCUGAUUACGGGAUCUUACCCAGAGACUGCUCGCAGGGUAGCCAAUGAAUACGGGUUCGAAAGGGCCGUGACACCUGCAGACAUUAUCGAAGCCAAUGACAAGGUAUAUCCAUUUGACAACUUGAGAGAGAGCCUUCACAAGGAAUCAAGGCCUCUUCCCGACGGCAAGAUUGUUUCAAACACAAUCGACCCCUACAGCAAGGACGUGCCGGCAAAUGCGCUCAAGAUUGACCAGAUCCUUGUCUGGAACGACCCGAGGGACUGGUCCCUGGACAUCCAGGUGAUCCACGAUCUGCUCAUCUCGCAUCGCGGCUAUCUAGGCACCAUCUCCGACAAGAACGGCAACUCCUCACUCCCCAACAAUGGAUGGCAGCAAGACGGCCAGCCACAGCUCUGGAUCUCCAACCUGGAUUUGCUAUGGAAGACGGAGUACCCCGUCAACCGAUUCGGCACCGGCGCCUUUGUCGAGGCGCUCAAGGGCGUGUGGGCCGCAUCGACGGGUGGCGCCGAGCUGCAGUUCAGCGCCCUGGGCAAGCCAUUCCGACACACUUACCAGUACGCACACGAUAGGUUGCUGAACCACCGCGACCAAGGCGACAAGAAGCGACCGUUGAAGAGAGUGUACAUGAUUGGCGACAAUCCGGAAAGCGACAUCCGCGGCGCCAACGAGUUUGCGCCGGACGACGGCACGCAGUGGAUCUCGAUUCUGGUCAAGACUGGCGUGUGGAAAGAGACGGCGGCGCAGAGAGAGCCGAGGUACAAGCCUGCGGUGAUUGUCGACGAUGUUGUUGAGGCGAUUGCAUGGGCCAUGAGGAACGAGGGAGUGGAGGUGACGAGGGACUGGUUGGCUGCUAGCGAGGAGGACUGGGUCUGA